UUCUGUAGUUAGGAAGAGCUGACUGCUAAAGAGAAAAUGACUUCUCUAGAAAAAGUUGAUGAUGCCUCAUCACCCAUCCGUGGACCUGGAGAUGGCAUGGAAACAGAGCAGACAGCUGAAUCAGUGGAAGCACUCACUGGAGACAACACUACAAACCACAUCCACCACAGCCCACAUAAAAAUACAGUCUCUUCCUUGAGUCCCGGAGUUCUGCAGCUAGGGAAAGUACAUGCUGAUAAAUCAGUGGAGAUUGAAGCUAUUCGUAUAUUAGUCCCCAAAGCAGCCAUCAGCCAUGUUGUUCCGACUAAAAAUGCUAAGGUAGCUAAAUCAGUGGGACAUAAAGGAGACACGUUCCAUCAGUCAGAUAGAGCCACAGAUCCCAAGAAAGAACAGAUAGAGCUGAAAAAUGCAAUUGAAAAGCUCAAGAAUUCUGAAAAGCGGUUGUUACAGGAUAAAGAAGGCCUCUCUAAUCAGCUGCGUAUACAGACAGAGGUGAAUCGGGAGCUGAAGAAAUUACUUGUUGCUUCUGUUGGGGAUGAUCUGCAGUAUCACUUUGAACGGAUGGCUCGUGAGAAAAAUCAGCUAAUCCUAGAAAAUGAAGUCCUAGGACGGAAUAUGUCUCAGUUGUCUGAACAAUUAGAGCGCAUGUCUAUACAGUGUGAUGUGUGGCGAAGCAAAUUUCUAGCAAGCAGGGUUAUGGCUGAUGAGCUAACCAAUACCAGAGCAAUUCUUCAGCGUCAAACCAGGGAUGCACAAAGUGCAAUCCAGGAUUUGCUGAAUGAACGUGAUCAGUUCCGUCAAGAGAUGAUUGAUACAAAGAAGCUGCUGGAGGAGCUGAUGGUGUCUCUUCAAUGGGGGAGACAACAGACAUACUAUCCUAGUGCCCAGCCUUACACUACAACAGAGCUAGCAGCUGUGAAUUGUAAGCUAGCCAAAGCUGUAAGCUCGCAUCUUCUUGGAAAUGUCGGUCCAAACAGUCCAAAAAAGACUUCAGCAGCUGUGGAGUUUUGCAAUACCCCUGCUGAGAAAAUGGCCGAAAUGGUGCUACAUGUCCUGGAUCCAGCUGCACGUACAGAAACAUCAACAGAAGUUUCUUUUCCUGAGACCUCUCCAUCCUCCUUUCUUUCCACAAAGAAGAGUAUCGGAAGGUUUCACCCAUACACAAGAUAUGAAGAUAUAACUUUCAAUUGUUGCAAUCAGUGUCAAGGAGAGCUGAUAGCCCUUUAAAAACAGCCAAUGCACAUGCACUCUUUCUGAAGAAUUACACUAGUUGAUGUUCAUCAGCCUUCCCUGUUUCCUAUUUCUUUCCAUAAUGGGUGGGUUUAACCUUGGAAAUUAUGCACUUUUUGCUUCUCUGCCUCUUGAAGUUAGGGACUGAGUGGAUUUCUUUAACCUCUGGGAUACUUCUGCUUUUCAGUCUG